AUGUCGAUUUUUGAUUCUUUUAAUAUAUUAAAUUCAUUUACAAAAAAUUCUGUUUUUAAAUUUAGAAGUUUUUAUUUAUUAAAACGUCUCCUUUCCAGCAUAUCCAAUUAUAAAAUCAAUACUCCUAAUUUAUACUUUAACCCAGCUAAACUUCUCCAAUCAAAUAUUAACAAUGUGUAUAAAGACCCGAAUCUGAUGGAAUGUUCAGCACUGGACGAUCUGAGAAGGGAACAAUUAAAUAAAAUAAUAGGGAAAGUUGGAGUAAAGAAGAGGGAUGCAGGUAUGUAUUGGAAACAGUAUAAAACAAAACGGAUAAAGAUUAAAAAAAGAAAACGUAAACGUGGCAUGAAUAGGGUAUUGAAAUGGUGUAUAGCUAGAAUAAUCUAA